AUGCAGGACUUUGAAUCUCAGCUGAAGGAGAUUGUGACAGCCAAGCGUCUUUCAGCGUCGAAGGUGACGAAGCUGACAGAAGUCGCGCUAAAGUCGAUGAAGGAUGAUGUUCAACUUGUGUCUAUCCUGUAUCGUACCCACAAAGCUCUUCCGGCGCCGUCCAAGAUCCACAGUUUAUAUGUCUUUGACGCGCUUUCUCGGGCAGCACGACAUCAGGUCAACAAGCAUGAUCUUUCAGCUGGCUCCAGUCAAGGCAACGCCGCUACGUUUCUUUCUAAGGUUGAGGGCAUCUUGGAAGGUCUUUUCCAAGAUAUUCUUUCCGUUGGAAAAGAAGAAUUCAAGGAAAAAACCAAAAAAAUUCUUGAUAUUUGGGUAAAGGCAAAUACAUUUCCGGCCCAGAUACUUUCGAGCUUGACCAAAACGGUGAAGGAUUCAGAAAAAGGUGCUUAUCACUAUCCUGCCAUGUAUUCGCUAAGUACUUUCCCUACUUAUACAACCCCAUCCUUCUUUGCUCUCCCUGGGAGUUCCUGUAAACUGAAAGUCAGAACUAAAAUGUGA